UGGAGCUGGCCUCCACACCACUGAUUGCGUUCAGGGGACUGGGAAAUUUGCUGUACAUUAAGCAAGGGAGGAACCAGAUGUGUGAACAACUGUAAAGAUAUUUGACAUUUCCACGAAUCUGGGCUUAAAUCUAAAUAUUUCUAAAGUGACUAUUGACCCAAAGAAGUUUGCAAGUGGAUCUGCAGAAGACAGAACUAUUCCAAGUGAGGGUGUGACAGACCUCCAGGAAGUGGUGUCUUUGAAAGAAAGGAUGGCACGGUACCAGGCAGCUGUUUCCAAGGGUGACUACCACAGCUUCUCUGCCAAUAUAAUGGAAGAUUCAGAAAUGUGCAUAGUGCCUGGGGGUUUGGCCAGAGUGAAAAAGCAAUUUGAAAAGGACAAGAUUGCCUCUUCCUUCAAUACCUGUUCUCAGCACAAAUACCAACACCAAAACAGAUCUGAACAGGAGGUAAUCCAUAGCAGCCAGGUUGACAUUGCAAGAAGUAUCCAGGAUGUGGAAAGACAGGAAGAAGUUUCUAAAACACACAAAAUUGAUGUUCUUGCAUCAGAAAUGGCACAGAUCUCUCAUCUUGAAAAACGUUCUAUGGAAAUAAACCAGACUUCUCCACUUCAUCAAUUUGUCCAAGAAACAGUCAUUGAUACACCUGAAGAUGAAGAGAUUCCAAAAGUUUCAACUAAGUUCUUAAAAGAGCAAUUUGAAAAAUCUCUCCAGGAAAAUGUCCUUCAUUCACACAAAGAGAUGACAACUCCAGCCAGACAGAUUAAGAUUGAAAAUGAAUGUGAAGAUACUUUAAAGCCUUCAUCACUGGUGGGUACCUCUUCUACUUCUUGUUCUUCAGUGAAUCAGAGGAAGAAAACAUCAACUACAAAAUAUAGUGAACACAAUGCUUCUUUCUCAACUAUGACACAAGUUAAUGUUAGCUCUUUAGAAAAGACUGAAGAAUUUCCACCUCCCCCAGAUGACAUGCUUCAAGCUCCAAUAGAUGAAACAGCCUUUUCCCAGUCCCCUGAACUCCCCAACCCUACUAAAUUCCCUCCAGUUCCCAAGGAAUUAUAUUCCAAGCAAAGAAAUUUGUAUGAAUUAAACCGAUUAUAUAAGCAUAUCCAUCCUGAGUUAAGAAAAAAUUUAGAAAAAGCUUAUAUCAGUGAGGUUUCUGAUAUUGUUUCCAGUCAAGUGGAUUCAGGGAAUUUAGUUUCAUCAGAUGUGCAGCAAGCCCGUUAUGUUUUUGAAAAUGUCAAUGACAGUUCUCAAAUUUGUCUAAACUCAGAAAGAGAACACAUGGAGUGGGAUGAAAUCCUCAAGGGGGAGGUACAAUCUAUUAGAUGGAUCUUUGAAAAUCAACCAUUAGAUUCUAUCAAUAAUGGCUUUCAGGAUGAAGAUAACAAUUCCAAUAACACUGCUAAUCAAGAAAUCAUUGCUGGUAGUGAUGUGAAAUAUACCACAUGGAUGUUUGAAACCCAACCUAUAGAUACACUUGGAGGUUCUUCUGGCAGUGAAGAGAAUGCUGACAAAAUUCCUGAACUAGCCAAAGGAGAUGUCCACACAGUCCGGUGGAUGUUUGAAACAAAGCCAUUGGACUCAAUGAACAAAAUGCAUCAGAGUCAAGAAGAAUGUGCAGUAACUGCCAUAAAGAACAUAACUGGGGGUGAUGUCAAGACAGUGAGAUACAUGUUUGAGACUCAGCAUUUGGAUCAAUUUGGACAGCUUCAUUCAGUGGAUGAGGUUCACCUACUACAACUCAGGUCUGAGCUCAAAGAAAUUAAGGGGAAUGUGAGAAGAAGUAUAAAAUGUUUUGAAACUCAGCCAUUAUAUGUUAUUAGAGAUGGGUUAGGACAUAUGCUAGAAAUUAAAACUGUUCACAGAGAAGAUGUUGAAAGGGGGGAUGUGAGAACAGCACGUUGGAUGUUUGAAACACAACCUUUGGACACAAUUAAUAAGGAGAUUACAGAGAUAAAAGUUGUCCGAGGAAUAUCUAUGGAAGAAAAUGUCAAAGGUGGGGUGAAUAGGACAAAGUGGUUAUUUGAAACCCAACCACUAGACAAAAUCAAAGAGGAGUCAGAAGAGACCACCACUGAAAAAGAGACAAUAGUAGGUGCAGAUGUCUCCAGAAAGUGUUGGAUGUUUGAAACACAACCAUUAGACAUUCUAAAGGAAGUCUCUACUGCAGAUCCUCUACAACCUGAUGAAAUAAUAGGUGGUGAUGUGCAGACUACUAAGCAUCUAUUUGAAACACUCCCACUAGAAGUCUUAAAAGAUAGCCCUGAUGUGGGAAAAAUUAAAAAAAUAACUGCCUCUGAAGAAGAAAAGGGGGAUGUUAGACACCAGAAAUGGAUUUUUGAAACUCAACCUCUAGAAGAAAUCAGAGAAGAUAAAAAAGAGUACAUACAAACUGUGAAACUUGAAGCAGUUGAUAGAGGGGAUGUGCGAAAUUACACACAUAUCUUUGAAUCAAACAAUUUAAUUAAAUUUGAUGCAUCACAUAAAAUAGGGGUAGAAGGAGUUACAAGAGGUGCUGUAGAGCUAAAUAAAACACUCUUUGAAACAACACCACUGUAUGCCAUUCAAGAUCACCUUGGAAACUACCAUGAAAUAAAGACAGUUCAGCAAGAAGAAAUCCUGAGAGGUGAUGUAAAAAGCUGUAGGUGGCUUUUUGAAACAAGACCCAUUGACCAGUUUGAUGAAAGCCUUCAUAAAUUCCAGAUAAUUCGAGGAAUAUCUGCUCAAGAAAUACGAACUGGAAAUGUGAAAUCAGCUAAAUGGCUAUUUGAAACCCAACCUGUUGAUUCAAUUAAAUAUUUUAGUAAUAUGGAAGAUGCAGAAAAUAAAACAGAGCAAGCUACAGAUAUUGUUAAAGGGGAUGUCAAGACCUGUAGAUGGCUUUUUGAAACCCAGCCCAUGGAAUCUCUUUAUGAGAAAGUUUCACUGGUGACUGACAAUGAAGAAGUUCCUAAGGGAGAUGUCAAGGCCUGUACGUGGCUCUUUGAAACCCAACCACUUGAUACUAUAAAAGAUGACUCUGGAGCAACAAUCAAACUGCAAACUAUAAAACAGAAAGAGAUACAGGGUGGGGAUGUUCAUGCAGCACGUUCUCUUUUUGAGACAGAAAAUUUGGACACCAUACAAGGAGAAGAAGGAAAGGAAAUUAAAGUCAUAGAAAGAGAUAUUCAAGCUGGAGAUGUUUCCAGUAUGUUAUAUAAAUUUGAACAUCAGUCUUUAGAUUCCAUAAAUUCUAGUUCAGAAGAGGUUUUGAAAAAGAUGAAAACCUUAAAGACUGAAGAUAUUCAGAAAGGCAGUGUUUUAAAUUGUAGGUGGCUUUUUGAAAACAGACCAAUUGAUAUGAUAAAAGAAAGUCAAGAAUGUGAUGGGUUAGUUAAGACAGUGACAGACUUACAAGGUGGGGAUGUAAGAAAACGGUGUUUUGUUUUUGAGACUUUCUCUUUAGAUGAGAUUAAGGAAGAAUCUGACUAUAUCAGCACCAAAAAAGCAACUACUGAAGAUGUAAUGAAGGGUGAUGUAAAAAGCUACCGAAUGCUCUUUGAAACCCAGCCACUUUAUGCAAUUCAAGACCGUGAAGGGUAUUAUCAUGAAGUGACAACUGUUAAAAAGGAGGAGGUAAUUCAUGGAGAUGUACGGGGGACAAGGUGGCUUUUUGAAACAAAGCCAUUAGACUCUAUUAACAAAUUAGAAACAGUAUACAUUAUUAAAUCCGUCACUCAGGAAGAUAUUCAGAAGGGAGAUGUUAGUUGUGUCAGAUACAGAUUUGAAACCCAGCCACUGGAUCAAAUUUCAGAGGAACCCCAUAAUAUUGUGCCCAGUGUAAACUGCAUUCAAGGUGGGGAUGUAAAGAGAAAUAAACAAAUUUUUGAGUCUGAAAAUUCUGAUAAGAAUACUUUUAUUAGAACAGUGAAUAUUAAUGAAAUACAAAAGGGAAAUGUUAAAACAUCUACUUGGCUAUUUGAAACCCAUACUAUGGAUGAACUGAGAGGAGAAAGAUCAGAAUAUGAAAACAACAAGAUCGUCACCCAGGAAAAUAUACAGAAAGGUGAUGUGAAACAGGCUGUGUGGCUUUUUGAGAACCAAACUUUGGACUCAAUUAAGGAAACAGAAGAAAGCACUACAGAAAUCACCAAAGAGGAAAUCCCACCUUCUGAUGUCAAAACAACUACCUGGCUCUUUGAAACAACACCCCUUCAUGAAUUUAAUGAAACUCAGGUAGAAAAGGUGGAAAUUAUUGGCAAAAGUAUUAAAGAGACCUUAAAAGAACUCUAUUCUCAAAAAAUUAUUGAGGCUCCUGGAAUUAUCAUUGAAGCUGAUGAAGUUGGAGAUAUUCGAAUGGCAAAAUACAAACUCUUCAAUCAAGCAUCUCCUGAAAUACAAAAAGAAGAAACUGUCAGAGUUGACCUCAAGAAUAUAAUAGUGAACCUACUUUCUACAAAAGACAAUACUAAAAGAGAAAUAUUGGUCAGUGAAGAAGAGAAAGGAAAUGUUAACUUGACCAAAGCUCAAUUAUUAAAUAGAUCGACAGAAUUUCAUGUUGAUAAAGAAGAAAUAGUUAGUGGUAAUAUACAACAAGCAGUAAAAAACUUGUUCUCUGGGGAAAGGUCGGUAAAGAAAGGCAUUUUAGUUCAAGAAGAUGAAAGAGGAGAUAUUAAAAUGACUAUUUAUUGUCUUCUUCAUGAAAAUGCUGGUGAAACAACUGAGCGUCAAGAAGUAAUUGGGGGUGAUGUAAGACAGACCAUUCAUAAUUUGCUGUCUUCUACAUCAAAUGAAGAAAUAUCUGAAAGGGCUAAAAUCGAUACCUCUGAGAGGGGAAAUGUUCAGUUUUUCACAACAUGCAUAGAAACUGGAGCUUUGGAUUAUCUCAAACAACUCCAGACAGGGUCAAAUGAAACACUAACAGCUAGGGAAUCGGAAAGAAAGGAAGAAAUAAUUGGUGGUGAUGUAGAGGGCACAAAACUGCUACUAAGGAAAAGGCAAUCUCAGGUUGAACGUACUGUUAAUGAAACUGACAUUAUCCCGGGAGAUGUACAUAAUACAGUUAAGGCUUUUAUGUCGGAGCCUCAGAGUUCCUCUUGUAAGACACCCAAAGAACUUAUAAAAGAUGAUUUGAAAUCAACCUUAAAUUCCUCUAGCCAGUCCAUAAAUCAGAAAACAAUGGCCAAAACUGAAGAAAUUAUAAAAGGUGACUCACUGAAUACACUCCAGUCACUUAGCAAAUCAAGUUACCAGUGGAAAGAAUCUGGACAAACACAUACUGUCCCUCAUGGUAUUGAGCAAGCCAUUGAAUGUCUUGAAAAGACUGCAAACACAAGAACAGAAAUCCUGAAAAAGGAGCUUAUCCUAGAUGACCUGGAAACAUCCUUAAGGAAUAUGAAAGAAGCACAAAGAGUUUUCAAGGAGGUGGAUGAGAAAGGUUUAUGUAAGGACCGUAUGCGAUCAGGAUCUUCAGAACAGAAGUCAGAGAUUCAUCGGGUGGCUAUCCAGAAGCACAAAAGUAGUGUUCUUCAGCCUAGACCAGGACCAUUUGAGCCAGCAGCCAGACAGCAAAAAGAAGCAAACCCUCUCAAUGAAACUAUAGACAGAUCUUGCCAUGUAGGUUUAAAAAAAGAAAGAGCUGAGGUUAAUCUUCCAAAAGCCCCCAAAGGCACAGUCAAAAUUGUCAUAGACCGUGAACAAAACAAUGAUGCUCUCGAGAAAAGUCUUAAAAUGCUAUCAGAUUCACAGCAAGAAGCUGUAAAAAAUGUGUUUGAAUCAGAGAACAUAAUGGGUGUCUGGACUGAUGCCACAAGAGAGCAGCAUCUCAGAGAUGAACAUACGAACAGGCAGUUGACUUCAACUCUGUCAGAGGAGAAAGUUCUUAAAACAAAGGAAUCAGAGAUAGCUAGAAAACAGAAUGAUGGUAUCUUUAACUGGAACUCGGUAAAAGAUGGUGCCCACUCUAUUAAUAAAGCAGUGAGAACGCAACAGACUCAAACCUCCCAGCUGAGGAGUGACCACACUAAGACUGAGGCUAUCCCUGUAAAGAGUCAUAAGAAUAUAAAAAACAUGAAAAUGCCAACAGAUACACAAAGCCCCAUAUCCAAUCUUACCCAUGGUUCACUCAACAGGACAGUUGGAGAAGCUUGUGAAUUUACACAGGAUAUUAAGAAGCAGACCUUGCAAAGGCAAGAAAUGCAGUAUUCUAAUAAAGAUGUAAAGAAAAAGAAUGUGAAACCUCAACCAGCCUGGCAGCCUUUGCCUGUAGAUCAAGACACAUCAAACAUAACAGAAGUGAAAGUCUCCCCAAAAGGCUAUGAUAAAUUUAAGACAGCUGACAAAAAGCAGAAGACUGAUGUUCAACUUAUGAGUCAGGAUUUUCUAAUGAAGACAAAUACUACAGCAGACUUAAAAAAGGCAAUGGAGACGUCCUUUAACUCAGUCAACUUUAACUCUGAAGGUAAUGAAAAAGAAAGUGAUAACUCUCUUCCUCCUCCAUCUCCACCUCCUCCUCCACCUUCCAACGCAUCAUCUGAAAUUGAAUUUCCUCUUCCUCCUCCACCACCGGAAGAUGAACACACUGAAGGGGAAUAUGUUUUUCCACAAGUUCCACCUUCCUCAACUCCAUCUUUGGAAUCAUCACAUCUUCUUUCUUCCUCUACUCCAGAGCAGCAUAGUGAAACAUGCAUACUAUAUAACCAAAAAGAAGCAUCAAGCUCUCAGGAACAUUCUCAGACUAAAAUCCUAACAGGAAAAUCAGGUAUACGUGUACCACCUCCCACAUUACCCAAACCCAAGUUUUUCAGACCAAUAGAGCGUAAUAAGAAGUGUGGAUUUUCUAAAGUUGAAUCAGAAAAUUAUCUGCCAGAUAUGAAAGGUAAAGUUACUGUUGUAAAGGAUCAAAACCAAUUAAUAAUGUCAACUACAAGCAAACAGACAGAAACAAAGCAGAACAUAUCUAGAAAAAGUCUUGAUGAAAGUAAACAAUUAUCUGGACAUUCAACAAGAGCUCUUUCACAGACUGUUCCACAAGUUUCACCACCCAAGGGGAAACAGGUAGCACCUUUAAUAAAAUCUCACUCAUGUCCAAUGGAUUCAGGACAGCAAAGUCCAAAACCUUAUAUGAGAAAAUUUAAAACUCCUUUAAUGAUUGCUGAAGAAAAAUAUAGGAAACAGAGGGAAGAGACUGAAAAACAAAAACAUGAAAGUUCUUAUUAUAACAAAGUCAAAACAGAAAUUCAAAAUCAAAACAUAGCUGAAUUAGAGAUGGAAAUGCUGCUACAAAAUAGAAAGGAGGAGGCUUCUCUACCUGCAAUGACUUCAGAGGUUGCUCCACCUAACCCAAACUGUCAACAAGAUUCUCAAGUAGUAGAAGUGGGCAUGAGUAACCAAGUCUCCACAAAACCAACAGUAACAAUCACUAGCAAGAGACUCCAAGAUGUUCUGGAAGAGUCUGAAAACACAGAUACCAUGAAAAAGGAAGUUUUACAGAGCACAAGGGACAUUACAGAAUCUAAAUCAACUUGUGAAAUCAAACAAAAUCACCAAGAAUAUAGUACACAACAACAAAAGUAUCUCGAACAGUUGCAAUUGCCCCAAAAGAAAUUAAUUGCCCCAAGUUUUGAAGUAAAAACAGUCAAACUUCCAACUCUGGAUUAUAGAUUAAGUGAAACAAACCAGAGUCAUGAAAGUCACAAAAAGCAAUUUGAAACUGACACUCAAAGUAUCAUCAAAGAGCACUAUCAGGAAAACAAGAAAACUGAAACAAACACUGAAUAUUGUAAUAAGCAAGCUGAGACUGAAAAAUAUCAUCAAGUACCUAAGAAAGAGAAAAGAGUGACAGUAACAUUACCUCCAGAAUCAAUAGGGAAGAGCCAUGAAAGUAAGUUAGACAUAGUUCGUGAGAAACAAAGAGAAUUUAAAGAAUAUGUAAAGGAGAAAUCUCUAGAAAGUGAAGAAAUGAUUCAGGGGGCACCAAUUAUUGGUCCAAAAGAAGAGAGACUGAUAGUGAAAGGAAAACAAGAACAUUUGAACAAAUCAGCACAGAAAGUAGUCAAGCAAAAGGUCACUGAAGGACAACUUCAUUCACAGACUCAGAAUUUUCAGCAAACACAAAUACAAAUGUCUGAAAGUCAAGCUGAUCAUAAAAAAUUACCCCAGUCAUACAACAGUCUACAGGAAGAAAAAUGUCUUGGAGUCAAGGAAAUACAGAAGAAACAAGUCUUUUCUAAUAUUAAAGAUUCAAAGCAAGAGAUUACACAAAACAAAUCUUUAUUUUCCUCUGUGGAAGAAUCCCAGCAGGAUGAUAGAAAAUGUGUUGUAAAUGUAUUGGAAUUCUUGAGAAAACGUGAAGAACUACAACAGAUUUUGUCUAGGGUAAAACAGUUUGAAGCAGAGCCAAAUAAAAAUGGCCUUAAAACAUUUCAGACACUGUUAAAUAUUAUUCCAGCAUGGCUACUAAGUGAAGCAAAGAGAAAAUAUGGACUUCACAUUGCUCUGGAGAAUAACAUAGAAAAAAUCAAAGAAGAAAUAACACAUAUUAAAACUCAAGCAGAAGAUAUGCUUGUAUCCUGUGAAAACAUAAUUCAAACAGCCAUAUUAUCCUCCAAAGCAGGAAAACAGAGUAAUAAAACUAUCAGUCUUAAUGAAACAUUAUCUGAAGUGUCUAAUGCUAAUGCCAACUGUAAUAAAAACAUUGAUCAGAAAGAAAAUAAAACUGUAGAAAAAUCAGAGCACCAAGUAACAACUCAUCAUGAAGAAAUGACUCACAAUCAAAUGAAAGCCCAUCAGGAAAUUAAACUAGAUGAUAGAAAGAUUUCUUCUCCCUCUUUAAAAACACGCUCACCAUCACCUACUUUUAUAACUAUUGAGUCUACUGCCCGGCGGCGAACAGAAACCUCUACUAAGGAUGGACUUUCUCAGUCCCCUAAAAAGGACAGUUUUGUUGAACCAUCACCACAAGGGUCUGUAUCACAAAUAACUGGAAUUCACAGUGUCAAUACCUCCCCCUCUCCACCUCGGAGUCGCUCUGAACAACUUGUCAAACUCAAAGACACCACUGCGAAGUUAUCCAAAGGGACAAUCCCAUGUUCAUCAGUAAGUCCGGUUCCAAUUGUAGAGAAGAGGUCUGAGAUCAUAACCUCUCCUGCCACACUACGUCGUCAAAUCAUGAUUGAAACUCGUAGUAGGAACUCCCCACCCACAAUCACGAUACCUAUCAAUGUAAAUCCUACUGAUAGCAAUUCCCUCAGAGAAUCCAUGGAAACUCAAGAGGAAAUUAGGAAAAUAGAGAAAAGGGCAACUUAUGUUCACAAAGACAGAGUAAAUCCUACUAUGUACAGGGUCCCAAAUGCUGAAAGUUUUGAUACAGUAGAAAUCAUCCGCAAGGAAGGGCCUCACCAGUCAGAGCAUACAGAGAGAUAUGAAUCUUCCAACCGAACUGUUCAAAUGACUGAAAAUUUUAUAAACAAUCAUGAAGAUGAAAUAAACAAGUGGUUUAGAGAAUUUGAGAAUGGACCAGUUUUUGAAGCAAAGUCAAACAGUAGAGCUUAUGCAAAUGGAGAAGCAAACCAUAAUAUAAAACAAGAAAGCCGUACAUUUUGUAAGGAAGAAUUUGGAUUAACAUCUUUAAAAAACACUAAUUUUUCAGGCUUCACUUGCAAUCAUCCCAGAGAGCUGCCAGAAAAGGUCUCUGCUAAGCAGCCAAAGAUACACUCUAAAACCAGGGCUAUAAGUGAGCACUUCUCAGGUAUAGAUGCAUAUGAGAGUCAAGUUGUUGGUUCAAAGAUGACAGUUUCUUCAUCACAUAAUUCAGAAACUGGAAAAUCUGGCUUUGACUUUAAGCAUGCUCCACCAACCUAUGAAGAUGUCAUCGCUGGCCACAUCUUAGAUAUUUCAGAUUCACCUAAAGGACUCAGGAGGAAUUUUCAAGAUACAUGGCAGGAGAGUGAACAAGUUUUUAAGAAACAGGGGUAUGCAACCUCUGAUGCUUCUGCAACUGAGAUGAGAACUACCUUCCAUGAGGAUUCUGCUUUUAUAAGUGACAAGGAAGUAUGUAUACUUUGUCAAAAGACAGUUUAUCCAAUGGAGUGCCUCGUAGCAGACAAGCAGAGUUUUCAUAAGUCCUGCUUCAGAUGCCACCACUGCAGGAGUAAGUUAAGUUUGGGGAAUUAUGCAUCACUCCAUGGACAAAUAUAUUGUAAACCCCACUUUAAACAACUAUUUAAAUCUAAAGGAAAUUAUGAUGAAGGUUUUGGACACAAACAGCAUAAAGAUCGGUGGAACUCUAAAAAUCAAAGCAGUUCAGAGGAAUUUAUCCCAAAUGAAGAACCAAACAUGUGUAAAAGCCCUGCAGCAAGCAAACUCAUACUUGGAGAUGACAAUCAACACUUUGAUACCAGUAAAAAUGAAGGGCGAAGAAGUGACCUGAAAAAAUUCCAGGAGAGGGGAAAACUAAAAAUCAUCUGGCCCCCUUCCAAGGAGCUGUCUAAAAAAACCAUCCCCCUUGAUGAAGAGCUCAAAAUGAGUAAGCCUACAUGGCCACCUAAAAUGACAACACCUACUACAUCUGCUGACCUGAAAACUGAUUCUCUAAGAGAACACAUUAGAACUCUGGAAAACAAAGGACACGAACAAGGUAACUUUUCUUUCCUGCAGCCAUUUCUACAAUCUAUCCACAUGUUCCAGAAAGAAAAUGUUACAGGAGUCAAAGAAAUAGAAAUGUAUGAAGCAAAACAAGAUGAGAAAGAAGGAAAUAAGAAUGUGCAGAAUAAGCUGAAUGAGGCUGAAGACAGAAAGAGCAAGAGGAAAAGUGAAAUGGAUCUUAAUGACAACAGUAAUGUGGUUGUGCAGAGCGCUGAGAAGGAGAAAAAUGAAGAACCUAAUGAACCCAAUGGCAGAGAAGUUUUACAGGUUACUAACAGUGAGAACGAGGUGGUGCCUGAAAACCUUAAAGAGAAUUUGAAUAAGAAUAAUAAUAACAAUUAUGUAGCAGUCUCGUGUCUGAAUAGUUGCAGGCAGAAGACAUCUAUUUUAGAAUUCCCUAAUCUGUUACCAGUGUCAAGUGAAGCAAACUGUACUGCAAGUGAAUUUCAAAUUGAAAGUUUAGAAAAUGCAUCUAGAAUCUCAGAGUUACUUGAUAUAUUUGAAUCUGAAAAGACUUCUUCUAGGAAUGUCCUAGCUGUUGCUCUGGAUAAACAGACUGACAGAGGUACUGCUGGCAGCCUUUUGCAGUCUGCUCCCCAAUCAGGCCUCAGCAGUGUCUUUUUAGUAAAGGGGGGGAGUUCAAAGUCCUCUCCUGAAACAGGUUUCUUAAACAUCAAAGGAAGCACGUCAAAUAACAAAAAUCUACAGUUUUUCUUUUCUAACACUGUGAAAUUUACUGCUUUUAUCAAGAAGAAUGAGAACAAUUUUGACCAGGAUUUAAUAAAUUCUGUACCUCACGUGAAAAAACUGCCAUGUUUGUACUUCAGCAAAAUUGGGAAGGACAUGAAACAUUGGCAUGAUGAAACAACAGAAACGACCCACAUUAAUGGAAAUAUAAGUUUUGAUGCUCUGAGUAGUGAAUGUGCAGCUAAACCUUUGUUUCCCAGCAUGGAGGUCCAGUGUGAACAACUCAGUGUGGAAGAACAAAUUAAAAGGAAUAGGUGCUACAGUGACACUGAGUAAAAUAACAUCUCUGGCCACAUGCAGUCCACACUCAGGCAAUGAGAAAUAUUGAUCUCCUGAAUUAAGACUUCAAAGGUCUUCAUAACUUUUUCUUGGAUUUCAAAUGUGCAGAAAUCUCAUAUUUACAAGAAUGACUACACUUGUACUACAUACAUUGUGCAAUGUUUCUCUUAUUUAGUUUGAAACAGCUUUUAUUCUGAGUGUCAUGAAGAGAUGAAACAAUAUGACUUUGUUUUGCUGCCAAAUGGCACAUGAGCUUACUACUGGUUGUCUUAGCCUGCCAGGCUACAUCAUUGGUGAAAUGGUCUAUUGCU